UGUGGCAUAAAUAAAGGUGACAUAAAGACAGGGCGGGGCACACGCUUAUAAGGGGCACAGGCGUCUCGGGGCUGCCAGAAUGGCUCCCACUCAGUGCGCGGCACUAGCGUGUGUCAUGUCCCGGCUGCAUUUCUGGGGCCCAUGGCCCCUCCUUACGUGGCAACUAUUAUGGCUACUAGUCAAGGAGGCUCAGCCUCUGGAGCGGGGACAUUCUACAGCCCUGGAGAAGACUACAGCUCCUCAUCCAGAUCAGGUUCAGACUCUGCAUCAAAAACUGACUGAAGUCACAGGUCCCCCUACUGAGCUAGAACCUACUCAGGAUUCAUUGGUGCAGUCUGAAAGUCACGCCCAAAAUAAGGCUUUAACUGCACCAGAGGAACAGAAGGCCUCCACAAGCAUCAACAUAUGUGAGCUCUGUACCUGUGAAGAGAACAUGCUGUCAUGUAUUGAUCUCAACCCAGAGCAGAGGCUCCGCCAAGUGCCUGUACCAGAGCCCAACACCUACAAUAGCACCUUCACCAUCUUAAAUUUCCAAGGAAACUAUAUUUCUUACAUUGAUGGAAAUGUAUGGAAAGCAUACAGUUGGACCGAGAAACUAAUUCUCAGUGAAAAUAACUUGACUGAAUUACAUAAGGAUUCAUUUGAAGGCCUGCUAUCCCUCCAGUAUUUAAUUCUCAAUUGCAAUCCUCUGACAACUGUUGAAGAUCCAUAUCUCUUCAAAUUGCCAGCAUUAAAAUAUCUCUUCUUCAGAGACAUGGGAACAAUGCUAGUCCCACUUACAACACUUAAGAACAUUCUCAUGAUGACUGUUGAACUGGAAAAACUGAUCUUACGUAGCCAUAUGGCCUGCUGCCUCUGCCAAUUUAAAAACAGCAUUGAGGCUGUCUGCAAGACAGUCAAGCUGCAUUGCAACAGUGCAUGUCUGACAAACACCAUACCUUGUCCUGAAGAAGCAUCUGUAGGGAAUCCAGAAGGAGCGUUCAUGAAGGUGUUACAAGCCCGGAAGAAUCACACAAGCACUGAGCUGACUGUUGAGCCGGAGGUGCCCUCAGACAGCAGCGGCACCAACUUGUCAGGCUUUGGGAGUGAGCAGCUAGACACCAAUGACGAGAGUGAUGUUAUCAGUGCACUAAGUUACAUCUUGCCUUAUUUCUCAGUGGUAAACCCAGAUGUGAAAUCAAUGUUAUUACCGUUCAUUAAACUGCCAACCACAGGAAACAGCCUGGCAAAGAUUGAAAGUGUUGGAGGCAAAAACUGGCAGAGAGUGAACAGAGUCCUCAUGGGCCCAAGGAGCAUCCAGAAAAGGCCCUUCAAAGAGGUGGGAAGGCAGAGCAUCAGGAGGGAACAGGGUGCCCAGGCAUCUGUGGAGAAUGCUGCCGAAGAAAAAAGGCUCGGGAGUCCAGCCCCAAGGGAGCUGGAACAGCUUCACAUACAGCAGGGGCCUGAGAAGUUAGCGGGAAACACCGUCUACACCAAGCCUUCGUUCACCCAAGAGCAUAAGGCAGCAGGCUCUGUGCUGAAACCCUUCUCCAAGGGCGCGCCUUCUACCUCCAGCUUUGCAAAAGCCCUACCUCAGGUGAGAGACAGAUCGAAAGUCUUAACCCACGCUAUUUCCAUUUUAGCAAGUGCAAAGGCUAGAGUUACAAAUAUGAAGGCUUCUAAACCAGUCGUACAUUGCAGAAAAAAAUACCGCUUUCCCAAAACUCGCUCCCGCAUGACCCACAGAACACCCAAGGUCAAAAAGAGUCCAAAGUUCAGAAAGAAAAGUUAUCUUAAUAGAUUGAUGCUCGCAAACAGGCCUCCAUUCUCUGCAGCGAAGAGCCUCAUAAAUUCCCCUUCACAAGGGGCUUUUUCAUCCUUAGGAGACCUGAGGCCUCAAGAAAACCCUUUUCUGGAAGUAUCUGCUCCUUCAGAACGUUUUAUAGAAAACACUAAUAUAAAAGACACAACUGCAAGAAAUGCUUUUGAAGAAAACGUUUUUAUGGAAAAUACUAACAUGCCAGAAGGUACCAUCUCUGAAAACACAAACUACAAUCAUCCUCCUGAGGCAGAUUCCGCUGGGACUGCAUUCAACUUAGGGCCAACUGUUAAACAAACUGAGACAAAAUGGGAAUACAACAAUGUGGGCACUGACCUGUCCCCCGAGCCCAAAAGCUUCAAUUACCCAUUGCUCUCAUCCCCAGGUGAUCAGUUUGAAAUUCAGCUAACCCAGCAGUUACAGUCUCUUAGCUGCAACAACAAUGUGAGAAGGCUCAUUUCUCAUGUUAUCCGGACCUUGAAGAUGGACUGCUCUGGGGCCCAUGUGCAAGUGACCUGUGCCAAGCUCAUCUCCAGGACAGGCCUCCUGAUGAAGCUUCUCAGUGAGCAGCAGGAAGUAAAGGCGUCCAAAGUAGAAUGGGAUACGGACCAAUGGAAGACUGAUAACUAUAUUAAUGAGAACAUGGAAGCCCAGAGUGAACAGAAAGAGCAGCAGUCGCUUGAGCUCACAAAAGAAGUUCCAGGAUAUAACUUUGACAACAAACUCAUCCUGGCAUUAUGUGUGAUCAUUACAUGAAUGAAAUUGUUUGCGAUUUUCCACUUCAUUUGGGUAAAGACAAUAAUUAAUUCAGGUUUUCAGAAUGCAGUCCUGUCUUUGUGUGGAUUCAGAGCUCACAAACUGAAAACCAAAGCCACUUUCCCACCUGCUACUACUUGACGUACUUCUUCAGUCAUUUAAGGCUGAGGUGUAUGCUUUGUUCUUUUACUGCAGUGUAUAUUUCAGGAUUUUUAAAGGAUCCUCGCUUCCAGAUCUCUGUGAAUUGAAACCAAGUUAAUCCCACUAGACUAUUUUAAGAAGUCGAUAUAAUAGCAAAAUUUCUCCCGUCCAAAACUAUGUCAACAAUUGGAUGUACUCACCAAGUCACCCUUACUCUGCCACUAAUUUAUUUCCUUGUUGCUGAAAUGAUGAGAGAGGUGUAAUCUCCACCCUCACGGAGUUGUCAUCACCCUGGAGAGGAAGGAGAGAGCCAAAAGAGAGAAGUAUUGUCUUGUAGACUUAUUAGAUUUACACAGUAUCGUCCUCCAGUGUGUAAGGCGUUGUCUAAACAGGUCCAGUUAAAGCACUACAGAGUAGCCAUCUUUUAAAAAAAUUGUUGGCCACAUUUUGAAGUUCACAGGAGAGGGGAACGUCUCAUACUACAGCCCUCCUGAGCCUAGACCCUCUGUGAGAUGUGUCACCAUUUCUUGGACACCAUGUGAGACAUUCCCCCUCAGAUUAGAGAUGCUCAACCUGCAUCAACUUAUCUACAGCCUACAUCUGUAGGCUACUCUGGGGCAAGUCCUGUUUACAGUGCCCAUUCCUGGAGCUUGCCUCUGUUUGUCUUUUGUUCGAUUACAUGAUGUAUUACUUUUCCCAACAGGCCAGUGCUAGCAUAUUGGAAGAGUGAUUUAAUAAGCUGGCAACCUUGACGCUAUGCUACCAGUCCAACCUUACUUGCCUCAUUUACCAUUUCCAUUAUUGUGGCAGCCCUCCAUUCCAGCCAGAGCAGCCCCUCACCAUAUCCCAGUCACACCACCCGCAUUUCUGCUUUUGUCUGUGUGUUUGUCCAUCUAAAAUGCCCUUAUUUCACUCUGCCUGUGGGAGUCCUAUGAAUCUCUCAAAAGCCAACUCAAGUUCAUCUUUCUUCUUGACACCUUCCCUGAAUAUUCCAGCCCUGCUGAGCCUAGUCCCUUUGUGAGAUUUGUCACCAUUUCUUAGACACCACACGAGAGACUUCAGAGGCUGGAGUGGGAGGAUUGCUUGAGCCUGGGAGGUCCUCAAAGGGCUCCUAGACUGGGGGGAGGGCUGGACAUCUGAAUACAUCCUGAGGAGACAGUGUGGAAUGGCAUGGUGGCAGUGGAGCCAGCCGUGGUUCUGCUCUUGGUCGACUGGAAAGGAGUAGGUGUAAGGGAUGGUUUAGAAGAAGGGAAGUGGAAGAAAAGUUUUCUGAGCUGACAAGAGGAAGGAAAGGCCUUCUAGACAGGACAUUACAAAGGCAGAGAAGCCCUAAGCAGAGUGAGCACCAGACUCCACAAGUUAAGGGCUCAGUCACACAGGACCACCCCCACGUCAGACCCCAGAUGGAAGGCCAAGCAUCACCUAUGCAUCUGACCAACUGGCUAUAAAUUGGAGGUCCCCACAACUCCCUCCUCAGGUUUGAACAUUUGCUAGAAUAGCUCAUGGAACCCGGGAAAACAGUUUUCUUACUAUUGCUGAUUUAUUACAAACGAUAUUUUAAAGGACACAAAUGAACAGCCAGAUGAAGAGAUACACAGGGUGAGGUCUGGAAGGGUCCUUGUGGAGUUGGGGUGCACCACUCUCCCGGAACAUGGAUGUGUUCGCCAACCUGGAAGCUCUCCAAGUCCUGUCUUUUUAGGAUUAUUCUGGAGGCUUUGUCACGUAGGCAUGAUCAAGCUUCAGCUCCACUCCCCACCCCAGAGGAUGGGGAAUUGGGCUGAUAGUACAAUGCUUCCAACCAUAGUUAGGUCUUUUUGGUGACCAGUCUCCAAAUAAGGAGCCCACCAAGAGUCACCUCAUGAGAACAAAGGAUGCUUCUAUCACCCAGAAAAUUCCAAGGGAUUUAGGAGCUCUGUAUCAGGAACCAGGUUUAAGGACCAAAUGUUAGAACAAAAGAUGUGCAACCAUAAAAAAACAGCGAGAUCAUGUCUUUCACAGGAACACGGAUGGAGCUAGAGGCCAUUAUCUUCAGCAAACUAAGACAGGAACAGAAAACCAAAUACUGCAUGUUCUUAUAAGUGGGAGCAAAAUGAUGAGAACUCAUAAACAAUAGACACUGGGCCCUACCUGAGGGUGGAGGGUGGGAGGAGCGAGAGGAGCAGAAAAUACUAUUGGGUACUAGGCUUAGUACCUGGGUGAUGAAAUAAUCUGUACAGCAAGCCCCCAUGACACAAGUUUAGCUAUAUAACAAACGUGCAUAUGUACCCCCUAAUCUAAAAGAAAAGUUUAAAAAGGAAAAAACACCUAGGAGAAAAGAAAAAUGAUAACAACAAAAAAAGAAGACAGUGCUCUUAGCACCAUCAUUCAGGAAUUUCCAACGGUUUUAGGAGCUUUGUGUUAGGAACUGUGGGCAGAGACCAAAUAUAUAUUUCUUAUGUUACAGUACCCCAGAUAGGAAAACAGAAAUUACUCUAGAUAUUUCAAACAAAAAAGGGUUGUAUGUAGGCAAUUAGUGCUUAUCACUGGAGGGGCUAGAGGUGGUGAAGGUUGUGGGGAUGGGGUUGCACCACUGGCUUUCAGGCUACUUUACCACAGCUGAUUUCCGGAGGAUGGAAGAAGUCAGGAAACUUGGGAAACUGCUGCUGAGGUCCUUGCAGCCCCACGGUCCCCAGGCUGGUGACUGGUGGGGGAGUAUGGAGUCCAGCUGACCACCAGAGCCUGCACACCUGCUGCUACGGAGGAGGAAAGGAUGACUUCUACCUCCUUUCCACAUUCCAAAUUCCAUGUGACUACAUUUUAUUGGCAGCACCCCACUGGCAAGCGAGCCUUGAUGUGUGCUUCCUGGGCUUCUGGCACCUCACAGAAAGGGGUGAAAUGAGUGUCAUGAGCAGCCACCACUCUGCAUCACACCUCCACGUCCAGGCGUGCUGGAGAGCCCCACUUAUACUUGGAGGUGUCCUGGCACCUUACUCACUUUUGGUAGGUGUUUGGGUGUCCGAGGCUUUGCAAAAGAAGAAGGCGUGGAGUCUACGGUGGAGUCACAUGGUGGAGACCUAGCUAAGUCAGAGGCCUGGAGAGGUGUCACUCUAGCUGGGCAGCAGGUGACACACAAUCAUGCCCUGAGUUGAUUGGAGAAACACUUGGAAUUGAUUCAGAGUUUUUUCUGGAAUGUUUUCACUGGAAUGAAAGCUGAGUGGUCUGCAGGCCAUAUAGUAUUGGAGAAAACAUAGCCCUCAUUGAAAAAGGCUGCCAGAGAAAAGGUAUCCACAGGGAAAUUCAGGAGUUUUGUUUGUUUUUUCUUUUGAGAUGGAGUUUUGCUCUUGUUGCUCAAUCUGGAAUGCAAUGGCACGAUCUCAGCUCACUGCAUCCUCUGCCUCCUGGGUUCGAGCAAGUUUGCCUCAGCCUCCCUAGUAGCUGGGGUUACAGGCAUGCACCACCAUGCCUGGCUAAUUUUUGUAUUUUUAGUAGAGACAGGGUUUCACCAUGUUGGUCAGGCUGGUCUCGAACUCCUGACCUCAGGUAGUCCACCCGCCCUGGCCUCCCAAAGGGCUGGGAUUACAGGUGCGAGCUACCAUGCCUGGCUUGUUUUGGCUUUUGGGGUUUUUUGUUUUUUGGAUACAGUCUCACUCUGUCACCUAGGCUGGAGUGCAGUAGCGUGAUCUCGGUUGACCGCAACCUUGCCUUCCGGGUUCAAGUGAUUCUGCCUCAGCCUCCCGAAUAGCUGUGAUUACAGGCGCCUAUCACCACGCCCGGCCAAUUUUUAUUUUUUUCUAAAAUCAGUUUCACCAUGUUGGCCAGGCUAGUCCUGAACUCCUGACCUCAAGUGAUCUGCUCACCUUGGCCUCCCAAAGUGCUGGGAUUACAGGCAUGAGUCACUGUGCCCCGCCAGGAAAUUCAAUUUCUGAAAAUACACCUGUGGAUCUCUAGCCUUGAACAUCCUUGGAUGCUGCUUUAAAUGACUGAUCCUCGAUGCCUUCCUUCUAACUCACACUCCCCUACAUCAAUCUCCCAGAAAAAGGGACCUCUUUUAUUCUUUUUUUUUUUUUUUUUUUCCCCCAGAGAUGGGCCUCACUUUUUUGCCCAGGCUGGUUUUGAACUCCUGGCCUCAAGUGAUCCUCCCGCCUUGGUCUCUCAAGGUACUGGGAUUACAGGUGGGAGUCCUCGCGCACGGCAAAGCCUAUAUUAAGCCCUUUUAUGCUCACUCGGCGGUACUGCAGAGAGGGGAGGGAGGAAGCAGAGGUGCCUUGGCAUCUUCAGCUGGAGGUGGGCAGGGCGCUGAGGGUGGGAGAGGCCGGGCGCCGGGGGAUGGGAGGCAGGACCGCACCUUCACAGGGACGCUGCCACCCUACCCCGGAGGUCAGGGCCUCUCGCCCAGCUCUGGCUCUGAGGUCCUAGAGGGAGGGAGAUGCUGUUGCGACUCAGAAGAUUGGGGGAGGGCCACCCCCAUUCGAGAAGAGUGAAAAUCCUGAACCUGAAGAAGUGGAACCGGUUGGAGCCGAGGCUUUGGAGGAUGGCGUUCGGAAGAGGGUCUGGCGCCGCCCUGUGGACUGUUCGGGCUCGCAGGGCUGAAGGCUCUGAAGACUGAGACCUGUGAACCAUGGGCUCCAUGCGGAUGGGGGCUACAGCCCCCGCCGGAGCCCCCACCCUAGCCCUGGACUUCUCCACUGGCUUAGGACAUGAGAGCUCAAUAAGCUCCUUAUUUAACGCACUGUUGUAUCAGGUUCCUGUGGGAGCCACUGGCUCUAUAGCCUAAUAAAGGAGCGGGUGCACGCAUUGGAUUGGUGAGCUACCGCCACAGCAAUGCGUCCUAAUCAACCAUCCUAAACGGCGGCUGGAACAAGGUUCUGGCAGGCCUGUGCUUGGGCUUGAACGCUGGACCAGCCGCUGCGCUCUGUGGCUCCCUGUAGGUCUGCGGAUUGGCCAGGGGGCUCCGUUCCUUUUGGGCGGAGACUGAAGAAGCGGCUGCACCAGAGAAGGCCCUCUGGGUGAAGGUGGGAGCGCACGGGGCCCGCGGAACCACCUAAAGCGACUUCAGACGUGGACUCGGAACUGGCAGCCUUUCGUUUCUGCUUCAUUCCAUGGCCAGAGCAAGCCACGUGGGCAAACCCAAAGCCAGGGGGCAGGAAAGUACCCUCCACCCACAACGAAACCAUGGCAAGCGGUGGGUGCAGGUAGGGCCAAUAGUCUAUCCCGGUGAGUGAGGAGAACUGCUUUGGGGGUUGCACAACCUGGGUGUGCUUUUACAGUAGUGCCUGUCACUAUGAAGACUCCACCAUGGGUCGCCAUCAGGUCAGGGACCCUGACAAGGCAAGAACUGCAUCUUCCUCUGCACACAGCUCUGCUCCCUUCCCCGCCAUACCUAACACCAAGCCCAGCCCUGAGGAAUGACUCAGCAAUAUUACUGAGAGCAUUUUAGUCCAUUCCUUCAUUACCCUCAUGUGACUUGUUAUGAAAUAUAGACUGACUUCCUGAAGAUCAGCACAUAGUGCUAAGUAUUUGGCUUGUAAUCUGUAGACUCUGCCAUUUGGAGCUGGGAUCUGUCCCCAGAUCUGUCAGACACCAAAUCCCGCAUCUACUGCCACCCAAAGGGACCUCCAGAAGAAAGGGGUUAUACAGGGUCAAACACCAAGGCAGGUUAGUGAAAUUUCUCUAGAGGCCAUUUAAAGCUGGAGUCUCACCACCUGAAUUGUCCUCAGAGGAAGGCUGUCUAGGACACAAACCUAGUCAGGGGUCCACAUGGACUUAAGGACAAUUUUUUUUUUUUUUUUUUUUUUUUUUUUGAGACAGUCUCAUUCUGUCGUCAAGGCUCGAGUGCAGUGGUGUGAACUCAGCUCACUGCAAGUAUUAACCUCCUGGGCUCAGGUGAUCCUCCCACCUCAGCCUCUCGAGUAGCAGGGACCACAGGCUCGUGCCACCAUGCCCAAUUAAUUUUCUUUUAAAUUUUUUGUAGAGAUGAGGUCUCCCCAUUUUGCUCAGUCUAAUCUUGAACUCCUGGACUCAAACGAUCCUCCUGCCUCUGCUCCUCAAAGUCCUGGGACUACAGGUGUGAGCCAACACACCUGGCCUCUUAAGAAUAAUUUUAAAAACAAUGAGGUUCACCGUCAGAGCCCCUGCUGCUCUACCAAGUCCCUUGGCCCCUCUCAACAGGGCAAAAGCAAGAUGAGCCCCAAAUGUUCUGCUUAAUGACCACCUUUCCCAGGAGACUUUGCUCUUUAAAGGAGAACCACUUAGAGAUAUGAGCAACCUUAAAGAAUGCCACCAGCACUAGUGAAUGCCAGGCAUGGGCCACGUGGGUGGAGAGUAUAUUUUAGGGCAGUCACUCAUGGUAAAUUAUUUCCGCCAGCCCCCAAAAGUGACUAUUCAAUGUCCAACUAUGUCAGGCCCAGGCUGAUAAAAGUAGAGGCAUGAGGAACCUAGGGUUGUUUUGAAGUGCCUUGGUUAUGGUAUAUGUGGAAGAUUUUAGAGCUUGUAAAAAGUGAUGACCCAUGGCCCCCCAGGCUGGGUCUGGGAUUGCCUUUGUGGAUUACAAGAGGAUAUUAUGCAGCAGUUUUUAAAAAUGAGGUAGACUGGGAAAAUCUAUCUCCAUGAUACAUAGGUGCUGUUAAGGGAACAAAGCAAGAUUUAGUAGGGCGUGUAUAGUAUGCUACUGUGCUCUGUGCAUUAUCUGUACAGAACUGUGAGGUCUGAUACAGUAGCCACUAGCCACAUAUGGCUAUUUACAUAUAAAUUUAGGUUGGGCCUGGUGGCUCAUGCCUGUAAUCCCAGCACUUUGGGAGGCCAAGUGGGAGGAUAGCUUGAGGCCAAUAGUUCAAGACCACCCUGGGCAACAUAGUGAAACCCCUUUUCUACAAAAAAUUUAUUUAUUUUUAUUUUUUUUGAGACGGGUCUCACUCUGUCACCCAGGCUGGAGUGCAGUGGCACAGUCUCAGCUUAUUACAACAUCUGCCUCCUGGGUUCAAGUGAUUCUCGUGCCUCAGCCUCCAAGUAGCUGGGACUACAGGCACGUACCACCAUACCCAGCAAAUUUUUGUAUUUUUGGUAGAGACAAGGUUUUUUGCCAUGUUGGCCAGCCUGGUCUUGAACUCCUGACCUCAGGUGAUCUGCCCGCCUCAGCCUCCCAAAGUGCUGAGAUUACAGGCAUGAACCACUGCGCCCAGGCAAAAAAUUUAAAAUUGUAAAAAUCAGCCAAACAUGGUGGCAUGCAUCUGUAGUCCCAGCAACUUAGGAGGCUGAGGUGGGAGGAUUUCUUGAGCCCAGGAGGUCAAGGUUGCAGUGAGCUAUGACUGCACCACCGCACUCCAGCCUGGACAACAGUGAGGCCCUGUCUCAAAAAAUAAAUAAAUAAGAGUUUGAGGCCAUGUUCAGACACCGCUGCAGUCCAGUCUGGUAAACAGAGCAAGACGCUGAGUCUUUAAAAAAAAAAAAAUUUUUUUUUAAAGUCAGCUCCUAAGACACACUAGCCACAUGUCAAGUGCUCAACUGCCCCGUGUGGCUAAUGGCUACCAAACUGGGCAGCACAGGCAACUGUUUUCAUCAUUGAAGUUCUGUUGGACAAGAAUACCUCUGGAAGCACACAUGAGAAACUGGUAAUGGUGGUUGCCUUCAGGGAGGGAAACAGAGGGUGCAGGGCUGUAUGCCCUUUUGUACCUCUUGAAUUUCAUAUCAUGUGUUUGUACUAGGUGUUUACAAAUUAUUUUAAAAACAAACUGGGAAUUAGGAAUCCCCAUAUGGAAUAACUGCAGUGGGACACUGAUUCCCAAAAAAUUACUUUGCAAUUUGCCUAAAACAAAUUAAGCUAAUAGCUAUUAUGAUUUCAUAUUUAAUAUUUUUUCACAGCUUAGAGUUUUUUAGCUCCUGUUGCUAUCUCUCUGCUCUUAUGAGCUCACAGGGUGACAAAGUGAAUUAGUAAGUAGCAGGAAAACAUUAAAGGAAAAAUUCCUGGGCAACAUGGCAAAACCCCGGCUCUACAGAAAAUACAAAACAUUAGCCAGGCAUGGUGGCAUGCGCCUGUGGUCUUAGAGACUUGGGAGGCUGAGGUGGGAGGAUCACUUGAGCUUGGAAGGCGGUAACUCAAUCCCAGCAGAAUCCCAGGGAGCGAAGGUGGCUCAUCUCAAAAGAAAAACAAGAAGGAAAUUCUAUUACCAGAAGACAAAGGGAUGAAAUGAGGGAUGGAGAAUCAAAGACUGAAGCUACUAGGGUUUGUUUUUAUUAAUAUUUAAUUUUCUCAGAGGCGAGGGUCUCACUAUGUUGCCCAGGCUGGUCUUGAACUCCUGGCCUCAAGCAAUCCUCCUGCCUGAGCCUUCCGAGUUGUUGGGAUUACAGAUGUGAGCCACUGCAUCCAACUUUAGUUCUUGUUUGUUUGGUUGGUUUUGUUUUGUUUUUUUGACAGAGUUUUGCUGUGCCACCCAGGCUGGAGUGCAGUGACUCAGCCUCGGCUCACUGCAGCCUUGACCUUCUGGCCUCAAGUGAUCCUCCCGCCUCAGCGCCACCCCCCACUGCCCUCCAAUAUCUGGGACUACAGGUGCGCGUGACAGCGCACAGCUAAUUUUUAAAUUUUUUGUAGAGAUCGGGUUUCGCUAUGUGGCUCAGGUUGGUCUCCAACUCCUGGACUAAGCGAUCUGCCUGCCUUGGCCUCCCAAAGUGUGAGCCGCCGCACCCACCCAUUGAACAUUGAAGCUAGACUGGGCAAACCCUUAAGCCUAAACCAGUAACAGUUUUUCACAAGUUCAUAAAUGUUGCUGUGGUUAAUAACACACAAAUUCAUUUAAAAGCACGUGUGUCCGCAUGGUAAUUUUUGGUCCUUAUUUUUAUUUUUCAGUUAAUGGAUAUUAAAGAUACAACGUUUUUUUCUUUUUUUUGAGACAGGGUCUCACUCUGUCACCCAGGCUGGAGUGCAGUGGCAUGAUCAGAGAUCAUUGCAACCUCCACCUCCUGGGUUCAAGAGAUUCUCCUCCCUCAGCUUCCUGAGUAGCUGGGAUUGCAGGUAUGUGCAACCACACCUGGCUAAUUUUUGUACUUUUUGUAGAGAUAGGGUUUUACCAUGUUGUUCAGGCUGGUCUUGAACUCCUGAGCUCAAGUGAUCCACCUGCCUUGGCCUCCCAAACUGCUGGGAUUACACACGUAAGCCACCACGCCCAGCCUAAAGAUAUAACUUCUAUCAUGAGGAGGUCCAAGAACUAUUCUCUUUUUCUUUUUUUAAUGUUAGAAAGGGAUUCUUAACUGAGUAUGUGCUGCAGCAAAGGGAGGGGAAAUUAAGCAAGAAGAGAAGGGAGCCAAGAAAUAAAGGCCCCAACCCAGGAAGCACUUAAGCAAAGUUCCAGGAUGACCACAUGUGACAAGUUUAGGGGAUGACUUGAGCACAUGGAGGACAGAACUUGGAGAGGGCACUGUGGGCAUGGGCCCCACCUGCUCCGCCAGAGCACUAGAAGAGAACGAGGGCACGAUAAUGGCAGAUGGCACUGAAAGAAAAGGAGAGAGCAUGAGGCACCCUUGGGGGAAGCAGGCAUCAUCAGAGUGUAUUUUAUUUUUAUUUUAUUAUAUUUUGAGAUGGAGUCUCUGUUGCCCAGGCUGGAGUGCAGUGGCAUGAUCUCGGCUCACUGCAACCUCCGCCUCCCAGGUUCAAGUGAUUCUCUGCCUCACCCUCCCAAGUAGCUGGGACUACAGGGGGGCACCACCACACCCAGCUAAUUUUUGUAUUUUUAGUAGAGAUGGGGUUUCUCCAUGUUGGCCAGGUUGGUCUUGAACUCCCGACCUCAGGUGAUCUGCCCACCUUGGCUUCCCAAAGUGCUGGGAUUACAGGCAUGAGCCACCGUGCCUGACCUCACAGCACAUUAUUAAGCUCUGUGGUGAAUACUAUUUAUAUAGUCACAAUUCUGUAAACACGGUUAAUUUUCUACAAAUUGUGGCAUAACCAAACCUCAAGAAUGGACAGGGCUGGGGUGUGAAAGAGCUAAGUCCUUGCCUGGUUUACUAGGAAGGCAACAGACAGUGUCUAAAACUAUGAGACAGCUGGGCGCGGUGGCUCACGCCUGUAAUCCCAGCACUUUGGGAGGCCAAGGCGGGUGGAUCACAUGAGGUCAGGAGUUUGAGAUCAGCCUUGACAACAUGGUGAAACCCCGUGUCUACUAAAAAUACAAAAUCAGCUGGGCGUGGUGGCACAUGCCUGUAAUCCCAGCUAGUAGGGAGGCUGAGGCAGGAGCAUUGCUUGAACCCAGGAGGCGGAGGUUGCAGUGAGCCAAGAUGGCGCCACUGCACUCCAGCCUGGGUGACAGAGCGAGACUGUGUCUCAAAAAAAUAAUAAAAUACAAACAAUGAGACGUGCAGGAGAUGUGGGGAGAAGCACCAGAAGAUUCCGCUGAAAGCCUGCUCCCCAGAAGGGUGGGAACAGUGGGGACAAUGAACUGCUGUUGUUCGUUAUGUUUCAUCCCCAUUCCGUUUCAUUUUAUUGAAUUGUAAACUGUGUGUAUAACAACACUUUUUAAUCAAUUUUUUUAAAAAGAGAGAGUGGAAAGAAACAGCUUCCUACAACAGAACUGAAGAGCACACCAGUGAUUCCAGUGUCCAGAGAGGAGGGUGCAUUAACGCUAGUUUUAUGAUUUCAAUCAGAUGCCAAGCAAGAAUAUAUCUGGGGUUCAGACAAGAAAGGCUCUCAUUCAAGUGCUUACAAGAGCAAUGGAAGGCAAGGACCUGCCCAAUUGGCAGGGUGAAAAAAUUAGCCAGAACUAGAAUAGUAACAGCUGUUCAUCUUUGAGCACUUACUACAGGCCAGAACUUGUAUUAAGGAUAUCAUCUUUUUCUUUUCUUUCUUUCUUUCUUUUUUUUUUUUUUUUGUUGUUGUUUUGGAACAAAGUCUCACUCUGUCAUGUAGGCUGCAGUGCAGUGGCGCAAUCUCAGCUCACUGCAACCUCAGCCUCCCAGGUUCAAGCGAUUCUUGUGCUCCAGCCUCACAAGUACCUGGGACUACAGGCAUGAACCACCACGCCUGGCUAAUUUUUGUAUCUUUGGUAGAGAUGGGGUUUCACCAUGUUAGCCAGACUGGUUUCAAACUCCUGGCCUCAAGUAAUCCACCCACCUCAGCCUCCAAAAUUAUGGGAUUACAGGCGUGAGCCACUGUGCCCAGCCAGGAUAUCAUAUUUAAUCCUCACAUCAACUGACAUUAGCCCCUAUUUACAGAUGAGGAACUGAGGCUCAGAGAGGUUUUGGCACUUGCCUGAGGUCACACACUCUGGGCUCUCUGCUUGGGGCUGAGGGCCAAGGGGUGUUGUGACUUACUUCUCUUUCCUGAAUAUCAAUAAAAUUCAAUUUAGAAA